AGACCAUGACGUCAUACUUUCAGUAUAUUACGAGAAAAAUGGCGGGGUCGCCGGGAAGUGACAAGAUUUUUCUUCAUGGAUUUUCGAUAAUUUUAGCGGUAAUUGUUGCUGAAUCUGCCCGACUUAACGUUCCAAGAGUUCUCCUGCCGUUCAGUGAUACUCCGCCCAAAUAUCUACUAUCAGCGGAUGGUGGUUGCUAUAAAUGGAGUUCGAAUAGACCUGACAUUAUUAAUAUCAAGCAGACUUCAGAGUGUUCUUCUACAGUGUGGAUUAGUGUAGUAAGUAGAAGCGGGCAAAAGGGAAGUGUAGGAGUACUUGCCGAAGACACUGAUAGCGGACUGGUUCUCAGAGCUGAUGUGAUUGUUGACAAGAUUCACUCUCUCAAGAUAGUGACCAAAACCCACGAGUUGUAUAAGGAGGAAACCCCAGAGAAGUUUGAAGUGAGGGCAUACGACGAGCAAGGCAAUGAGUUCUCAACUGUGGAAGGAAUGGUGUUUAAAUGGAAUAUUGAAGCGGGGAGGACUGGAGCAGAAAUACUCAGGUUUAUACCCUGGGCUGAUUCUCCCUACAACACUGAGACCGUCCUCGAGACCCUGGAGGCGGAAGGAAAGCAGGGGAAUAAGGUCUUGUUGGAAGGAAUAAAGACAGGUUCAGCUAAGGUGACCGUUAAGCUGGUGGACACCUUAAACCCUGCAGUUCCUGCCACCAGUGAAAGUCUCAUGGUUGUAGCAAACCUAUUCCUGGUUCCUGCAGUAGCAUAUAUUCUGCCAGGGGCACAACUCAAGUAUGCUGCAAACCAGUUCCGUGGGUCACGUGUACUGCAGGUUGCCCUGCCUUCUGCUCAUCAUAUCCUGGCGGUCAACCAGGACCUGGCCUCACUCAACCAGCAGACAGCUACACUUACAGGACUCAAUAUUGGAAAUGGACAGGUUGAACUACUGGACCAGAAUGUGGAUGCUGGUGAGAUUGUUAAGACUCCAACUGCUGACCUGUUUGUUGUGUCUCCUGCCCGUCUUGAGAUAUCUUGUCUUCCAUUCAAGUCAUGGUCUGUGCUUGUAGGACACCCAUAUCAACUGCAGGUUGAUAUAUUCGACAAGGAUGGAAAUAAGGUUUUCCUCAGUGAUAACAUCGUUAUUGACUUAGUGUAUGACCAGAGUUAUUUUAAAAUAACCAACAGUGUAGACAAUGGAACAUUUCAUGAUAUAGUUCCUGGCCUGGCCGGUCAAACUGAAGUCACAGCUAUUCUCAGGGGUGUAAACGUGGAUGGAAAGCUGGUCCCUUUAACUGCCCCUAUAUCUGCCUCUGGCACCCUUGAAAUAUUUGAUGGAAUGACCCUGGAUCCAGCUCAUGUUGUCAUCCCUUGGGAUCCUACCAAAGGUGCUAGUUAUUCCAUGCAAUAUAAGGUUAAAGGAGGAUCUGCACCAUACAUUUGGGCAUCAUCUAACAAUAAGAUUGGAACUGUCAGCCAACUUGGAGUUGGUAGUUUGCUGAGUAGUAGUAUUGGAGAUUCCAAGAUAUCAGCUGCAAUGACUAGAGCCCCGCAUAACAAAGCCCAGGGAACCGUGUCUGUAGAACCUGCUGUAUCCUUGAGCUUUUUGGAUUCUGAACUUGAGUUUCUGGUUGGUUCGGAGAUAGUUCUUCCAGUUGGACUUUUUCACUCAAACAAACAGAUAUUCACAAGAUGUGACAAGGUUCCGUAUUCUAUAAAUGUAUCGGAUUCUACAGUAUUCUCAACCCAGCUACAAUCAUCUGUAUCCUCUGUAUAUAUUAUAUAUCUAGAUGUGACAAGGUUCCGUAUUCUAUAAAUGUAUCGGAUUCUACAGUAUUCUCA